CCACCAUGCAGUGCUUCAGUUUCAUCAAGACCAUGAUGAUCAUCUUCAACAUGCUCAUCUUUCUCUGCGGCGUGGUCCUGUUGGCGGUGGGCAUCUGGGUGUCCGUCGAUGGGGCGUCCUUCCUGAAGAUCUUUGGGCCGCUGUCGUCCAGUGCCAUGCAGUUUGUCAACGUGGGCUACUUCCUUAUCGCGGCGGGUGCGGUACUCUUCGCGCUCGGUUUCCUGGGCUGCUACGGGGCUCAGUCUGAGAGCAAGUGCGCCCUCAUGAUGUUCUUCUUCAUCCUCCUCGUCAUCUUCAUCGCCGAGGUCGCUGCCGCUGUGGUCGCCUUGGUGUACACCACGAUGGCUGAGAACUUCCUCGAGCUGCUGAUAGUGCCCACAAUCAAGAAGGACUACGGUUCCCAGAAAGAUUUCACCGAAGUCUGGAAUACCACCAUGAAGGAGCUCAAGUGCUGUGGCUUCAACAACUACACGGAUUUUGAGGACUCCCCCUUCUUCCAAGAGAAACACGAAUUCCCCCCAUUCUGUUGCCUCAGUGCCAACGGCACGGCCACGGGGGCCUGCACCAAGGAGAAGGCCGAGGAGCAGCACAUCCAGGGCUGCUUCAAACAGCUUCUGACCGACAUCAGAACCAAUGCCGUGGCAGUGGGUGCUGUGGCGGCUGGAAUUGGGGGCCUGGAGCUGGCGGCCAUGAUCGUGUCCAUGUAUCUGUACUGCAACCUCAAGUAAGUCCACGUCCGUCUCCGCCGCCGCCGUGUGAGGCCUGGGAAGGACUCUGGUGCUCCCGCGCAGCAGUGAUGGGAGAAGCAGGAUCAGACUGGAGUGGGUCCCGGCUUG